UUACACCACUGAAACAGUUGAAUACUACACCGAAGUAAUCAUGGUAAACAAUGGUCUGCUGCUGUUGGGUGUUGAAUCGUUGAUGGCUGGAUUGACCACUGGUAUGCCGAUGUCUCCUGGAUAUGGCGGUUAUCAAACCACAACGACGGCGUCUGACUGCACGACAACAAUAUACUCAACGACCAGUUACUACACUGAGGCCUCCAAAAGUCCCGAAAUAUUAUUCUUCCCCGAGUUCCACCACCAAGUCAUCGGAGUAUUACACAACUACGUAUGCAGCGCCAGCUUACUACACCGAGGUUCAAGUACUACUCUGCUCUCAGCUACUCCACCGAGGCUCCAGCUUAUCACACCACUAACGGUCGAAAACUACACAGAAGUGCCAAAGUACUACUCUGCCCCGAGCUACACAACCCUAACUGAGGCGGCCAAGUAUUACGUAGCCUCAACUUUCUACACAACUUUCUACACAACUGCCGCCCCUUCGUAUUACGCUGAACCAAAAUACUACACUGAAGACCCAGUUUGCUACACCGCAACCUACGCUACACUCUGCUACUACACCGAAGCUCUGAAGUAGUACACUACGAAGGUACCUGAGUUCUAUGCCACUACAUACGAUGCUCCGACCUGCUACACUGAAGCUCUUAAGUAUUACUCUGCUCCGAGUUAUUACACCACUAAGGGAUCUGAAUGUUACACCACGACCUACGCUUCUCCAGAUAACUACAAGGAGGCUUCUAAAUGCUAGAUCUGAAAUUGUUUUUCAUGUGAUUUCACUGAGAAUUGUUGUUGAUGUUGAAUAAGAAAUAAAGUUUUUUGUGGGUAAACAUCUUGUAAAACUUUUCUU